AUGCUAUCAGUUGUCGUGUUCACCAAACAUGCUGCGAGGGACGCGGUGAAGGUUUACCGUUCUGUCGGAAGGCGAGCUUUGUGUCCAUCAUUGUCCUUGAACUCCCACCUCUGCUAUACCCGUGCGGGCUGCGAAGAGCGCGCUGCUGAGAUGUUGGCCCUAUGUCGGUCUUAUCGUGAGGAGAAGAAAAAGUGGUCACCCCUUGAUCGUAUGUCGCUCCGUCAAGCAGAAGCUGCACAUCGCCAAGCGCAGGUGACUGCUACAAGCUCCGCAGCAGGUGACGAAGGUGGCAAUCUGGAGGCAGAGCCUGACGAGGAGGUCCCCGGCUCUGAUGAGCUCGGCAACAAAAGGUGGCGCCCGAUGCUUCUGCUGUACCAGAAGAUCUCCUGCGUCUACCGUGGGGUGAACUUCAUGAAACCGGCGGCGGCCCAGGAGUUCCUUCGCAUGGUGCAAGAAGAAGCACAGAAGCACGAAGACGCAGAUGGUCGGUGCAUGGCCCUUUGCAUCCAGGCAGAGGCGAUGCGACAGUCGGAAGACUGGGAUGAAGCUUUGCGCCUGGCCGGGGAAGGUGUUGCUUUGCAGCCUGAGCUGACCAUGGCCGGCUUGAAAACAGGUAGCCUCCACUUUUGCCAUCUGGUCUUGGCCUACUCUCACUACGCCUUGGGCCGCCCGAGCCUGGCGCAGGAGGCACUGACGAAGCUGUCUUCAUUGAGCGUGUCAGACCACUUUUUCCAGAAGCAGGUGGAGUUCAAGGCAACCCAUCUUCGCUUCCUCGUCGGUGCCGAGUUCGAAGAGAGCUACCGAGAAAUUUCUGUCGCUGCACGAAGCAGAGAGCGAUUGGUGGUGGAAGUUCCAGAAGGAACUUCGAUCCAGUGGGAUUUUAUCCUCAGCAAUCACACUGUCGAUUUCGUUGCAAUGUUCACGCCUGCAACUGCAAAAGAAGGUGAUGCCCCUCAAGAGCUUCAGCGUGUGGAACAGCACCAGGCCCAGGAUGGUCCCUGCGAGGGAACAUCCGGAGUGCUGACAGCUGGCCGCCUAGAGCUGGUCUUCUCAAACACCUUCAGCAUGUUGAGGGGGAAGACUCUUCAAUGCCGACUGCAGCCCGAUGGCUUAGCGGUUCACCAGGAGGCUGGAUGA